UAUUCUUGCGUUGCUUAAAGCUAAAGCUGAAGGAACGACAAGAGGAGAGAGAGAGCGAUGUCGUCGUCGGUGAUGGAGUUUGCGGUGGAGCAGCAGAGGCGGAGCGACGGCGGUGACGGCGGAGACAGGGCCGAUAACGAACGGCUCGAUCUGCUUCUCCAGAGCUCCGAUCCAACGGCUCAGACGAUCUCCUUUCCGACGGAGACUUUCCUCAGAGCGGCCUUGUUGCUCAAGGACCAGGUUGUGGAGGCGACGUGGAAAGGCGGUGGGUCGGGCUCGGGUGCUGUGGUCUUGGAUCCGACUGCUUAUACGGGUCUGCUUGGUACGGCUUUCACCUGCUUGAGGUCGUACGAGGUCACGAGGAACCGCCAGGACUUGCUAACUUGCGCCGAGAUCGUCGACACGUGUGCCACCGUCGCACGUGCCUCGACUAGGCACGUGACAUUUCUCUGUGGAAGAGGAGGGGUCUACGCGCUUGGUGCUGUUGUGUACAACCACAUAGGGGACCAUCACAAGCGUGAUUUCUUCCUUGGUCUCUUCCUUGAGUUGGCGGAAGAGAGAGCACUUCCGGCAGGACCGGAGGAAGGAGGAUUCGGAAUGUCGUAUGACCUUCUCUACGGAAGAGCUGGUUUUCUUUGGGCUGCUCUUUUCCUAAACCACCAUCUCGGCCAUGGCUCUGUUCCCGACGAUCUCCUCUCCCCGAUUGUAGCUGCCGUCGUUGCGGGUGGACGUGUCGGAGCUGCUGAUAAUGAAGCUUGCCCUCUCUUAUACAGGUUCCAUGGGACACGUUAUUGGGGGGCGGCGAAUGGGCUAGCUGGAAUAUUGCAUGUGUUCCUGCAUUUCAGGUUGUCUGAAGAAGAUGCCAAUGAUGUGAAGGGGACAUUGAGGUACAUGAUGAGUAACAGGUUCCCACAAAGUGGGAACUACCCUUGUAGUGAAGGCAAUCCACGAGACAAGUUGGUUCAAUGGGCACAUGGUGCAACAUGCAUGGCCAUCACAUUGUCUAAAGCUUCUCAGGUGUUUCCGAACGAGAGAGAAUUUCGAGAUGCAGCCAUUGAAGCAGGGGAAGUGGUGUGGAACAAUGGCUUGGUGAAGAAGGUAGGGUUAGCGGAUGGAGUGGCGGGAAACGCUUACGCCUUCUUAUCGCUUUUCCGGUUAACCGGAGAUAGAAUAUACGAGGAGAGAGCGAUAGCCUUUGCCAGCUACUUGUGCCACAAUGCAAGAGACCUCGUGGAAAAUUCCGAGCAUGCUUAUUCGCUGUUCCGUGGACUGGCGGGAGCCGCGUGCUUGUGGUUCGAUUUGGUCCGACCGGAGAGUUCUAGGUUUCCCGGUUAUGAGAUUUGAUUUUGAUAACCGGAUCGGUUCGGACUUAUGGUGGUAGAUUUGUGAAAGCUUCUUAUUAUGGUUUUAAUUAUGUGAUCUUGAAUGUUGAGCCCGUGAAUGAAGUUGGAGGCCGCCAAC